AUGCUUGAAAAGCCAGUGGGGUCGUAUAAGGACUAUGGGACUUCUGAGAUCUUUGUGCCUCUGGCUUCAAGUGAUGGAAGGUGUCCAGAAGAUCGAUCUGGCGAGCGCAUAACAAGCUGCCUUAAUCUGGAUCUUCCUUUCAAUCACCGUGGCCACCAGGCUGUCCGGGCACUUGUCACAUCACAGUUGAACAAUCGAAUUAGUGUGGGUGUGAAACUGAGGCGAGGUGAGAGGGAAGGGCAAGGUGAUUCAGGGCUGGAAAACUUUCACCAGGUGUUUGAUAUUGGCACAGUCCGGGCCGGGAGACAGGGCGAGAGAGAGGGAGGGCGGGCGGCUGGGCGGCCCCUGAGGCGGCUGGGGCUGGAAAGCCUACGGCUCAUGGAGGAAACUGAGGCCCGGGCCCGGGCCCGGGCCCCGCCUGGGAAGCCCGGGAGCUUGGACGGCGGCCAGGGGCCACGGCGGGAGGCCGAGGCCGGGGGAACCCCCCAAGCAUGGCCGGCCCUCGGCCGCACCGGCCUCACACAACCCCGGGGCCCGGCGGGCGGACACGGCCCCGCCCGGGACCCCAGGCAAAACAGCCGCCGAGGCCCACCUCCUUUAAACCGCGACGCGGAAUUAAACCCUCCAGGGGAGACCCCCGACAGAGGGAUAUCGGGCAGGGGCCAUAUCGGCAUGACGGCAGAUCCCAGUCAGGCCAGAGAAAGGGAAGAUUUCAGUCAGGGGGAGAAGCUCGGGCCAAAGGGCCAUGGGCAGGAAGAGCCCAAAGUACAGUGGUCGGGCGGCAUUCAACGUGCCCUUCCCGAAACCGAGAAGGGCUAUGCGAAACAUGUCGUUCAAGACAACUGCGAUAGUUCCUCGACUACAUCCCGAUCACUAAAGCCCACUGAAAAAACCCUCGCCGUGGACAUUUCUGAGGCAAAAUAUUCCAGCCGUAGUACGGUUGGCACGCCCAGGCCUACAGACAAUGUGCAGGGUGAAAGGGCUUCUCUUUAUUUAGAGGAAAUGAAUAAAGAUGAGACAGACGUUGUGGAUUCUGACGACGUUUACUGUUCCCCAAAUACACCUGAUGCUAAGAAACCAAAGUUGCAAAACGAUAAAAGCGUGUGUGCAAAAAAUACGCGCUCGGAAUGGAGUGAAAGGGCCUGUCGAUCCGUCGGCAACCGGGGUACUCUAGCUCUGGAAAAGGGAAACAAAUCCCCGAUCGAUUUCCACAACUAUAACCAGAGUAGCGUCAAAAUUAAUAGCACGUUGUUUCAAAAACAAAUUAAAACAACCGCGCCGCCAUACACGGUUGAUGACGAAGAUUCAGAAGCCAGGGGUCACACACGUAGUUUGAAUGAAUGUCAAAGCAGUGAAAGUAGGAACAUUAACAGUACUGGGAAAAGAAGUUGGGGAAAACGUUGGAACUAUAAUGACUGCAAGACAGAAUAUGUAAACGUAAAGGAAACUACAGAACAAUCUGCUUUUUCACUGAUAUUGGAAAUGCCGAAUGGAGAUCAUUCGAAUUCCUCUACCAUAACGAUGCUAUCUUGUGACAAAACGAAGCAGUCUGUAUUUGAGAUAUUCGAUGCCCAAAAAGACUUGCUUAAAAGAGUUGUGCUGAACAGCGACUGCCUUUACAUAACUGUGCAAAGCCGCCCAGAUGUAGAAGAGAGUGACAAUAUGCCACAGCUGGUAGAACUUGGUGCGGUGAAGAAUUUGCCUUCUAACAACUGUCUUGAAAGUCUAAAUUCAGGAAUCGGUCGCUUACGUAAAAAUGUACGAAGGCAUCAGAAAAUUAGUAAUAUUCUACUCUGGUUUGGUGGUUUGCUGUUGCAGUCCAAAAGGAAGUACAGAAUUCGAAAUCUACUCACCAGAAGUGAUAAUGUAAAUAAACAUUUACAAGCUAGAAUUGCUGAACAUUCAAAAACUAAUAAAAUGGAAUCAACUCUGUCUCAGAUGUUCUAUGACUCAUUCCUCUUCCAGGAAGCUGAAAAUAAAUAUCUAUUGCAAGAGGAAAGGCUGGUUUCUAAAUGGAUAGCCGCCGUUAAAUUUCACUUCUAUAUUAAUAGCGUAUUAGAAAACUUCAGUGUAAGGAGAGGAACCAAUACAUUAUCAGAAAGCACAUCUUUAAAACUGCUAUGCAGACAUGGAAACAAUUGUUUUACCAAUAUAGCAAAUGAAGAAAUUGACACCCGUUUUUUCGAUUCUUAUCUGGUCCUACCCCAAGAACUAUUAGAAAGCAGAAAUGAAAACCAAGAUUCCCUGCUCUGCCAAAGCAAUAUGGCAAGAAAAAGGAAUCUGACUUCUAAACACCGGUAUAUAGAGAAUCGACUAUUAGAUUCUUUUAAGUUAAACUGGCUAACAAAGAAUCUUAAGAGCUAUUUCCAGAAUAAAAUUGAGGCUGGUACAAAUGAAAAAGAACAGACUAUAGAUCAAUUUAUUUUUGAAUUUUUGCACUAUUUGGAUAUUUCAAAAUUGGAACUUGGAAAAGUAAUAGACAUUAGUGGUCCAAUUUCUUUAGAGUGGGAAAUUCCGACAAGAUCCAUAAUAAAAAAGAGAAGAGUGAAAAAAUUAUAUGGAAAUUAUUUUUUUCCCAGAAAGUUUAUUGUAACUAAAGAUAAGAAGAUUGGGAGCAGAUUCAGAAGCAGAGUGAAUCAUAAAGAAAAAUACCCAGGAUAUCCAAAGAUGUAUCUCACUGGACUUACUCAAGAAGCAUGGGCAGACUAUAGAAAAAUGCAUAGAAACAUCUGUAUCAUUAUUCCUAAAAACACAUUCCUUUCUGGUUUUGACAUUUAUGGAAAAAAUCCUUUCAUUCAUUUUGAAAACAUUGACCAGGUAUCUUUAAAUAGUAUGCCUACUUACAACUAUAACGAAUGGUCAGGAAAAACUACAGUCAGUAGUGAAGAAAAUUAUGCUCACUUUAAUCUUAAUGCGGUUAAAUCAAAUAAGAUGUAUGUUCCCUCUGGAUUUCCAGUUCCACAUAUAGGAGAGACUAUCCCUAAAUAUCCACAAGAUAGCCACAGAUGUGUGAUCGAACUUCCCCUCAAAAUAAAUACAAACCAAUACUCAGAAAGAGAAGGGAAACAAGAUAUAAAUAUGAACCAAUAUUCCUUUAAAGAAAGGAAGCAAGAAGUAAAUACAAACCAAUACUAUGAAAGAGAAAGGAAACAAGAAGUAUAUACAAACCAAUACUCAGAGAAAGAAAGGAAACAAAAAAUAAAUACCAACCAAUAUUCAGAAAGAGAAAGGAAACAAGAGCUCCAAACAUUUAGUUUUUACUACAAAAACACACGGAAGAGUUUCUUAAUUGAACCGCAUGUCAUGGCAAUAUACUAUGAUGACUGUCAUUCAGAAACUGUUUAUAUAAAACAGAACAAAAGCAUAUCUGUAAUUCAUGAGGAACAAAUAUGGAAUUUCCUAAGAGAAGUCAAAGAAAGAAAAUAUGACCUUAUGAUUUACAAUGAAAUAAGAGAUCCAGAAAAUAAGUUAAUGGUAACAAAUAGUUAUCAAAAUUUUAAAAAUAUUAUUCAGACCCUGAGAAAACAGAAAGGAGCUCCAAUUUCUAAUAAAGAUAACCUACUUCGCCUGUUGGCAUCAGAUUCAUUACUGAACAAGACAAUAAAUUUUACAAAUGAGGAGACAGAAGAAUCUGUUAAUCAAAAUAAUAUUUGUGAUAGAAAUCCAUUCCAGAAUAAUUUUCAAGAAAGAAUAUUGACUAAUUUAAACUUACAUCUUCCCCAAAAUGAAUCUAUAAAGUGUGGUGCUACCAACCACAAAUUAACAGAUUUUAUAACCCAGAAAAAUGAAUAUUUACAGGACAGAAGAGACCAAUGCUUAUCAACAAAAGCUAUAGCAAAAACAAGUGAUUUUGAAAUGAAGAAUAAAUUCGAUUUAGUUCUUGAAGAACUUCGGAUGUUUCAUAAAAUUAGUAAGGAAAAUGUAAUUUUGUGCAAUGAAGAAGCAAACACUGACCAGAAGAACUACCUAGAUAAAAGCUGUGAUUUAAAAAAUGUUUCACUGAACAAAACAAAUGCAUUUUCUUUACACGGCGGCGCUGCGAGUGCAAACAUAUCAAAAUCUCGCCAAAGUUCAUUUAAAUGGAAAACAAUACAAAAGAAUGCAGAACAGGAUCAUCUUCAUAAACAUAGUUCAUCAGUUGCCUCAGAUAAAGAAUUACCCCACAAGCCUUCUGAGAGAGAUCAGAGAGAAAGCACACAAAGUUUUUAUCCCCGUAAAUGGAUGGAAGAAAGAGCUGACAGCAUACAGAAAGAAGGUGCCAGUUACGUCUUGGUGCAUGGAAUAGUCAAUUUGCUUUCUAUGAGCAAUCAUUUUAUUUCACAAGAAAUCAGUCUAUAUGGUUCACUAAAUGACUGGACUUACUGUAAACUAAACAGCCAAUUCUCCCUUAAACCAGAAGAAAAGUCAAUCAAGCAUACGGUGGGCACAAGUGUUGGAAGCCAGAAAGGGCUGAAACUUGGCUCCGUUUUGUCUGGUGCACACACUUUAAAACAACUUCACUUACAAGCUAAUAUAAACAUUGUGCUGAUGGAAAUAUGGUUUAAGAUUCACUGCAGCACAGCAGACUCGAUACUUGCACAUGGAUUAGUGAAACGUUGUUGCCAUCUUUUCAAGAUUGUCUUCGACGAAGAUGGAGAUCUAUGA